AUUCAUUGACACAGCAGCUUUGCAUCAUUAUACAAAGACUGAAUAUUUUUCUAGAUACUUUAUGUUUAUUCCAGAAGACACUGUUGUUUUAAAAUGGCGCACAUAAUCUAAAUUUAUUUAUUCUUUUUUUACUUGCUAAUGAACGACAGUGUAUCGAUAUUAGUUGCUGUAUUUAUUAUUCUAGUCAUACUGCGAUGGAUGCUUGGUGGCAAUCAGUCCAACCAAACACAGCAGCGACCUAAUCAACGACAAGCAACAAGAAGACCACAGCACCGUGUUACACCUCAGAUGAUUGAAAUGGUCCGUGCCAUGUUUCCUGAUAUUCCCGUUGCCGCUAUUCAAGCUGAUUUGCAAAGAACAGGUUCUGUUGAAACAACUGUUGACAAUGCUCUUCGAGAUGGUAGUCUUCCUUUGCCACCUUCUGCUUCACCUACCAUCACCACCACCACUACUACUACUACUAACAAUCAACCUUCAUCCUCAUCUACUGGUCGUAAUUCACCUAACCAUGCCAACCUUGUACAAAGAUACAAGAUAGAUGUUGACCAUGUCAGUGAAGCUCAAGAGCCACCUAAAGUAUGGGAGACAAAUCCUGAUAAACGACAAGAGAUGCUGAAAAAGCGUAAAGAAUACAUGGUGCUUCAAGCAAGAAAGAGAAUGAUGGAGCAAGCAAAUAAGCAAAAGAAGAUAGAGCAAGAGAGUGUAUCAAAUAAUAAUGGCAGCAACAAUGUGAGUAACAAUGAUAGUAAAACAUUUGAUGAAAUGUCAGUGGACGAAUUAAAUUCACUUAGUGCUGAACAGAGAAGACAGCAGAUGCUACAAGCUUUAAAUAGACGAAAUAGUGAAAAGAAUAUAUUUCAAUAAAAUAUGAUAAUAUAUUUACUUUUUUAAUAUAUGCACAUCUCUCCCUGAAGCAUCUGAUGACUCCAUUGGGAUAGAUGAGCUGAUGGAAAGUUAAAAUAAAUGGUAUUCAACGAUCGCUUCAUCUAAAAGUGUCCAGGGCAACCCUUUUUACAAAACAAGCAGGUUUUUGUGUUAAAAGCCCAUUGUAGCAUUGCAUAAUCUUUUUACAGAACACUUUUAGUAUAUCAUACACAUCAACUUUUCUUUUUGUUAUCAUUG